CUAGGAAGGCUGACGUUUCGGGCCUAGACCCUUCUUCAGAAUAAUUCCUGUUUGGCCUGCUGUGUUCAUCCAGCUCUACACCUUAUUAUCUCAGAUUCUCCAGCAUCCGCAGUUCCUGCUAUCUCUCCAACACAACGACAUUGCGUGCGCAAAUAAAAAAAAACAAACUGAACAAGAACGGAGCAGCUGCUCCAUCGCUUGGCGAGUUUGUAACUGUGCAGGGAGUGAAGUUAGCUCGGAAGAGAAUGUAUCGGGGUUGUUUCCUGUGGCAUUCAGCCGAGCCGUGAGGUUACUUUGUAUGGGAGGGAGUGCAGCUCGCUGUGUUACUGCUGGCCUCCCUCUCCAGUCUCGGCACCACAGUAAGGGGCUGAUAGUGGCGGCCGCCCAGGCUAUGGGAAUGGGGGCCAGCGGCAGAGUGAGCUUAGGGAGUCUGCCCUUCGACAACCUGGCUCUGCGCUCGCUGCCCCUCGACCCGUCCCAGGAGAGCGGCUCUCGCCAGGUACCGGCCGCCUGCUUCUCCAGGGUCCGCCCGGCUCCCCUCCACCAACCCCAGCUGGUCGCCUACUCGCUGCCGGCCCUGCAGCUCCUGGAGCUGCAGCAGGACGAGCUGCAGAGCUCGGAGCUGGAGCUGGCCGAGUACUUCAGCGGGAACCGGGAGCUGCCGGGCACCGAGCCCGCCGCCCACUGCUACUGUGGCCACCAGUUCGGUAACUUCGCCGGGCAGCUAGGGGAUGGAGCGGCUAUGUACCUGGGGGAAGUGGUUAACAGCCAGGGACAGAGGUGGGAGCUACAGAUCAAAGGAGCUGGACCGACCCCUUACUCCAGGCAAUCAGAUGGUCGAAAAGUGCUUCGCUCUAGUAUAAGAGAAUUUCUUUGCAGUGAGGCCAUGUUCCAUCUGGGAAUUCCAACAACACGAGGGGGAACUUGUGUAACUUCAGAUUCUAAAGUCAUUAGAGAUGUGUUCUAUGAUGGACAUCCAACAUAUGAAAAAUGCACUGUCGUCCUUCGUAUUGCUCCUACAUUUCUAAGAUUUGGAUCCUUUGAGAUCUUUAAACCCAUGGAUGAGUAUACAGGUCGAAAGGGACCUAGUUGCGGUAGAAAUGAUAUUCGAAUUCAAAUGCUUGACUAUGUCAUUGGGACAUUUUAUCCAGAUAUUCAGAAGGCGCAUUUCCAAAACUCAGUCCUGCGAAAUGCUGCUUUCUUCAGAGAGUUAACCAAGAGGACAGCCAGGCUUGUUGCUGAAUGGCAAUGUUUUGGAUUUUGUCAUGGUGUACUAAAUACAGACAACAUGAGCAUUGUAGGACUCACCAUUGACUAUGGACCAUUUGGCUUCAUGGACAGGUUUGAUCCGGAUUAUGUAUGUAAUGGUUCUGAUAGUAGAGGCCGUUAUGCAUACAACCGUCAACCUGAAAUCUGUAAAUGGAAUUUGAGUAAACUGGCUGAGGCUUUGGUUCCUGAGCUGCCCCUGGAGGACAGUCAGUCUAUCAUAGAAGAGGAAUAUAACACAGAGUUCGAGCAACACUAUCUGCAAAAAAUGAGAAAGAAAUUGGGACUUCUGCGAUGUGAGAAGGCAGAGGAUAAAGAGUUAGUUUCUGAGCUGUUGCAUGUUUUCCAGAUUACGGGAGCUGAUUUUACAAACACUUUCCGUUUGUUGAGUGAGUUUCCAGUUCCUGGCAUUUCCACCCAUUUUACACUGGAAGAAUUUCUUGAAAAGCAGAUUGCACAAUGUGUAUCACUGGAAGAGCUAAAACUUGCUUCCAAACCAAGAAUGGAUCCGCGGCAGCUGUCGAUGUUGCUGGCACUGUCCCAGACCAAUUCACAGCUCUUUGAUCUGCUUGGCAACAAAGAUGAAAUUACGAGAGAAUUGAACCGCAUAGAACUAUUCUCUGAGUUGGAAGAGAUGACAAGCGAAGAACUACUAAGCAAACAGCGGAAGGCAUGGACAGACUGGCUACAAAAGUACAGGUCCCGUUUGGAGAAUGAAGCAAAAGAUGUUGAUGAUGCUGCUGAUCUAAAUACUGAACGUGUGAAGGUGAUGAAUUCAAACAACCCAAAAUUUAUUCUGAGAAAUUACAUCGCACAGAAUGCAAUCACUGCUGCAGAGAAUGGAGAUUUCUCAGAGGUUAGACAAGUUCUAAAGCUCUUGGAGCAUCCAUACAAUGAAGAACCCUGUGUGGAUGACGUAGUUCAAGAAGCACCAGUGGAAGCUGCAACAAGUGGUGAUUCAUUAAGUAAUGAGAGAAUGCCCUACCACAGUAAACCACCUGACUGGGCGAGGAAACUUUUAGUUACCUGAUCUUCGUAAACACCUUGUUUUGGUCUCUGCUUAAAAGAAGCCAAAUCAAGUUAAAAGUUUGAGUGCUACUAUUUCCUCACAACAGAUGUGUUAUGGAGAUCUCCCUUUGUGAAGAGCAGCACCAGUUAUUCUGAAUUCUGCACAUCCCAUUGUGCUUUCAUGAAGUUAUGAAUUAAGAUUAAAAACAAUAGCUAAAAUGAUGCAAAAAGAGAAACUGUGCAAAUAAGUUAGUAUAACAACAACAAAUGCUUGCCUGAAUGCUAUCUUUAUACUUUAAAACAUUGUUAAAGUUAGAUGUUAGGGUUUAAUACUGAUUAUUGUGGAAUAAUCUUUGCUAACAGCUAAAGUAAUGGAAAUGUAAUAUACCACUGUGAUAUACUACUUCUCUAACAAACUUGAACAAUAUGCCUAUAAGUGGUUAUGCUAAUACAGAUUGAUUGGCUUUAUAUCCCCUUUUUGUUUAUUAAAAAAGGGAUACUUGAACGAAAAUAACAGAACAUGUCUGGGUUGCGCACUUUGUUUUGGCACAGCUGGCAGAAAGCAGACCAGCAAUUUUGCUGGACUUGAUUCAGUCUUUAAGAAUGAAGAUAGCUGACAUAUAUGUCUGUAUGGAUGGGUGAUGCCUUUUUAAGUAUGAAAACAGUCAGCCAAUCACAAGUGGUUGACAAUGUAUUUGUAAGCAAGUGCAUUUUAGUAGUGCUACUGGUGUAAAUGACAUUGACCCGUUCAAGUGUCCAUCAAAAGAGUUAACUUGCCAGAGACGACCUUACAAAGGCAACUUAUUCAUGAGAAAGCUGCUUUAUUUACUGGACCUGUGCUGGUAGUUUCUUAGAAGUUAAUUCUUAAUUUAAAAUAAUUAAACAAUGUUAAAAUGGAAUUAUUGAAACAAUGCAGUAAUGGGGUUUGAUUACCAGACAUUGGUUGCUGCUCUGUGAAGUUUGAAGUGUAAGAUCUCCAGAUAAAAUCUGUUAAAAUGAAUACAAAAAUAUCAACUCUAACAUUUUGAGCUAUUUUUGUAUGAUGUGGAAACUGUUGCACGAAAGGUUAACGCACAGUUUAAGCUUUUAUUGUUUGACUAAUCAUUUGCACCUUCUUGAGGAGUAAUUUUGUACAUCCAUUGUUUCGAACCAGUUUCUUCCUCAUAAAAAUUGAAUAAAAACCUGAUGGAUUUUAAAAUGU